GAGAGAAAAGCCUUUUUAAUAGUUUGACUGAACAAAAAGAAAGGAGGAGGAGAAGAAGAAUAAGUGUCUCUUGGACAAAACUGUGUCAAAGUGUCAAACUGGAGGAAGAAGAGAAGAAAAGGAACAGAGCAGAGUGAGAGUUCAGAAAAGGAAAGAAGAAGAAAGAAGAGAAUUGCAAUGUGACUGUAAAGCUGAUUCAGAGGAGGCGAGAGGAUACAAAAAGAAGACAGGAAUAAUUUGAAACUUCUGUGUCAGAAAAGGAACAGCUGAUGUGACUUUGGGUUGAAAACCAGAAGGAAGAGGAGUAGCAGAAUUGCAGAGAGUGUAUUAACACUUGAAGUGUUGGAGGAGCAGAUCUAAUCUUGAUGAUGGGCUGCUGUCUGUUUGUUUACUAUCGGAAGAAGAGGAAGCAGGCCUGCAGAGAUGCAGACUCCCUCAGCCUCUGCAGUCUGGACAUCAAUGAGCCCAGCACAAAACGCAGCAAACUCGUAUCCAGAGUGACGUCUCUGCUGCAACCUGUCAAGACGGCACCGCUGAAGAGGAUUGGUCAGACGCUGCAGCGCUCCAUCAGUUUUCGUAAUGAGGGUCAGACAGAGAGAGCAGCUCCUGCACCUCCCCCCUCCUCUUCCUCCAUGAUGAAGACGCGUGUUCUCUCAGCAACACUCUCAAACCCGGGCUCAUCGAGCACAAUGACACGGGUUUCCACAGCAACGGUGCCAGCCGCCAAGCGCCGUGACAGCAAACUUUGGAGCGAGACCUUCGACGUGCGGCUAGGAACGAUGCAGACUCUGAGCCCGAAAGAGAUCAAACGACAAGAGGCUAUAUUCGAGUUGGCUCAGGGUGAGCAAGACUUGGUAGAGGAUCUCAAGUUGGCUAAGAAGGCUUACCAUGACCCCAUGCUGAAGCUGUCAAUCAUGACUGAGCAGGAACUGAACCACAUCUUUGGCACUCUGGAUUCUCUGAUACCCCUCCAUGAAGACCUGCUGAGUCGACUCAGAAAUGCCAGAAAGCCUGACGGGUCAACAGAACAUGUGGGACGCAUCCUGACUGACUGGCUGCCAUGUCUCUCCUCCUACACAUCGUACUGCAGUAACCAGGUGAAGGCCAAGACCUUGUUGGACCAGAAGAAGCAGGACCGGCGGGUCCAGGACUUCUUGCAGCGCUGUCUCCAGUCGCCUUUUAGCAGGAAGUUGGACCUGUGGAACUUCCUGGACAUCCCCCGCAGUCGACUGGUGAAAUACCCGCUGCUGCUCAGGGAGAUAGUGAAGCACACGGCCAACGACCACCCGGACCGGCAGCACCUGGACGAGGCGAUGCUGAUGGUUCAGAGCGUGGUGGGGGACAUCAACAGGCGGACGGGGGAGUCAGAGUGUCAGUACUACAAGGAUCGCCUGUUGUACACAGAGGAGGGGAAGAGGGACGAGCUCAUCGACCGCUCCAGGACCCUCAGCUGCCACGGAGAGCUGAAGAACAACAGGGGACUCAAGCUCCACGUGCUUCUGUUCCAGGACGUCCUCGUCAUCACCAGGUCCAUCUCGCUGAACGAUUAUCCGGUCAGCUACCAGCUGUGCCGCCAGCCAAUACCCAUCCGGCAGCUGGACCUGGAGGACCUAUCAGACGGAGAGAUGCGAGUGGGCGGGUCCAUCAGAGGAGCCUUCAGCAACAACGAGAGAAGUGAGAAUUUC